AUGGCGACCAAAAGAAGCUGCUCUUCCGAGCUUUUCAGCGGAAGUAAGCGGAUUUCUGCUGUAAGAGAUGCCCCGGUUGGAUGCGGGCCUCAAACUGUUGGGUUUGGAUUGGCAAAGAAUGAUCCAAGAAUCGGGAAUGCACGUGAUUAUGCAGCAACUGCAUGCAGGAACGUCGUGGGACCGGUCUUGAAGAAAGUGAAGUUGAAGGGAUUGGGAAGUUCUUCUUCAGCAGAAGUUGGAUUAGUUGAAACUGUUGGUGGGCAUAGCUGUGCUAGUCUUGUUGAUGGAUCCCAGGGAAUGGAAUUGAUUGGUUUACAUUCGAGUAAGUCUGGUUCUAAGGGAAUGCUGCUAUCAGCAAAAGGCAAUUCAAGUGAGGCGAGUUUUCGGGUAAGGAAGGGGGACUAUUCGAGACCCUCUUCGAUGAAAAACGCAAAUCCUUCUCAUCGGAAGAUUGUUUCGGCUACAAGGACGUUCCCCCCCUUCUGCGGAAACAAUGCCCAACGUCUCAGUAGACCAAAAACUGUGGGACCUGUUCCAUCCCAACGCCGUCUUCCACCUGGUCCAAGAUCAGAAAUGAGUUGUCCACGUGAAAAGGUGAGGAAGACAUUGAGUUUAUUCCAGGAAGUGUUCAAGCAACUGUCCCUCGAGAAACACGAAAAGCGGGAGAACGCGACUGACAUGACGAGGAGGAUGGACUGCAGAGCAUGGAAAGUGAUGAAAGAGGGAGGGAAACACGUGAACAGGGGAAAGAUAAUAGGGGAAGUGGCAGGAAUCGAAGUAGGGGACAAGUUCGGGUACAAGGCAGAGCUGAGCGUGGUGGGACUGCACCAUUCGAUGAGGGGAGGGAUCGAUUCAGUGAUAAGAGGAGAAGUGAGGCUGGCGACAAGCAUAGUGUCGACGUCGGGGGGAAGCCACAACGACGAAAUGGUGGAGAAGGACGUGGUGGUUUACACUGGUCAAGGCGGGAACGUGGAGAGAAUGAACAGGAGGGCCGAGGAUCAGAAGCUGGUCAGAGGGAAUCUGGCAUUGGCCAACUGUUUCAGGUACAAAACUCCGGUGAGACUUAUAAGGGGGGAAGCCAGAGCCGGUGGGGGGAAGGUAUACGUAUACGAUGGGCUGUAUUUGGUCGAAGAGUUCUGGAGAGAGGUGGGACCCAGGGGGAAGCUCGUUUUCAAGUUCAAGCUCCGCAGACAGGCUGGGCAAACUGAAUUGCGUUUGACUUCGAAUGUUUAG